CCCAGAGGAAACCUCGCCCCUCUGCAGUCCCUGCUGCCAGCUCCCUGGCCCCGAAGAGGCAGCCUUUGCUGGACGUCUCAGAAUGGAGCCAGGACUUUUGCGUCCAGCGUCUCCCUCGCAGCGGGAUUUUUUAGACCCAUCCCUGUGUCAGUUCUGCCUUCCUUUUCCCCACGGAACAGCAUUCCCACAUUGUUUUCUAAAACCUGUGCUUUGUGGACUUAGGUCUCCGAAGCUUGAGUUCUAGAAUGUUCUCAGCAGGCCCAUCUCAUCAUAGAGGAUGGAAACCAGCUGUAGAGAAGAAGGGAGAGUUGGGCCGAGGAGGACUCCAGGGCUCAGCCCUGAAGAGACCCAGGUGGUGGCCUCAUCUUCCUCAUGGCCUUGCCUGUCCACUGCCUGGCCCUGACAUCACGAACGUGGCAAGCCAACCUCUUCCAUCGCGCACACGCCAGUCGAGAAGACACGACAUUCAGAGGGGCGCGAUGGAUGGAGCCCAGUCCUGAGAGGCCUGCAGGCAACCGGCAGGAGCCCACCCUGGGAAUGGACGCGAUGGCCUCAGAACACAGGGACGUCCUUGUGCUGCUGCCCAGCCAGGAGCAGCUGCGGCUGACCGUGGGGGUGAAGGCCACUGGCCGGGAGCUUUUCCAGCAAGUGUGCAACGCGGUGAGCAUCAGAGACACCCAGUUCUUUGGCCUCUGUGUGAUCAGAAACAAUGAGUAUGUAUUUAUGGAUUUGGAGCAAAAGCUCAGCAAGUACUUCUCAAAAGACUGGAAGAAAGAAAUAUAUGAAGAAAAUGAGAAACCCAGAGCCCCUUUCGUGGCGUUCCUCCGGGUGCAGCACUACGUGGAAAACGGAAGGGUCGUAAGCGACCACAGGGCACGGCACCUGUACUACUGCCACCUGAAGGAGCGUGUGCUGAGGUCGCAGUGCGCCCACCGGGAGGAGGCCUACUUCCUGUUGGCCGCCUGCGCGCUGCAGGCUGACCUGGGCGACCACCGGGAGCCGGCCCACACCGGGAGGUACUUCGAGCCACACUCCUACUUCCCGCAGUGGGUCAUCACCAAGAGGGGGAUUGACUACAUCCUCUGGCACAUGCCCGCCCUGCACCGUGAGCGCCAGGGCCUGAGCCCCAAGGAGGCCGUGCUGUGCUUCAUCCAAGAGGCCUGCCGGCUGGAGGACGUACCCGUGCACUUCUUCAGGCUGCACAAGGAUAAGAAGGAAGGUCACCCCACCGUGAUCCUGGGACUGACUCUCAGGGGAGUGCACAUCUACCAGGUGACUGGAGGGGCUUCAGCUUCACAGAGCCCCUCCUCCUGCCCCCACCCCUCCUCCCUUCCCCGCUGGGGUCUGGGCCGUGGAGCAUCCCUGCAGUGGCCAUGGGCGCUGGCUGGCCCCACCUGGACGCACCCUGCCUCUGCUGUCCCGCAGGAGGUGGACCGUGCUCCGCAGCUGCUCUACGACCUCCCCUGGCCCCACAUUGGGAAGCUGGCAUUUCUGUGUGGUUUUCCACCUGUGGGGUGGCACCUUCUCGCCUGUUUGUUCAGGGGAAGAAGCUGGAGAUCCAGCUGGACGGGCUGCCCGCGGCACAGAAGCUGGUUUACUACACGGGCUGCACCUGGCGCUCGAGGCACCUGCUGCACCUGCUGCGCGCCAGCCACCAGCUCCACCUCCGCGUGCGGCCCACACUGCGGCAGCUGCGGCAGCGGGAGGAGGCAGAAGAGAAGCAGCGCUACCGGGAGUCCUACAUCAGCGAUGGGCUGGAGCUGGACCCGGACAGCAGGGGCUCCCCGGGCAGCGGGGUCAGCAGCCAGCACUGCCCUCACCGCCUGUCACGCCACUCCACCGACAGCCACGGCAGCUCCCACACGUCAGGCAUCGAGGCCGACUCCUGGCUCAGGGAAUCCAGAGAGAUAUCUGUGGACACACCCUUGGAGGUCCAGGGGCUCCAUGAGAAGGAGCCGUCCUCCAGCCUCAGGACCAGCCACAGCCACCCCAGCAUAUGUGGUGACAGCCAAGCCAUUCGCCAGGAACCCUGCGCCGAGGUCAGGACCAGAGGCCAGAGCACCGAGGCUGUGCACCAGAUCUGGGAAAUGAAAGCCGGGGUCAGCGAGGAGCCGCACAGCCGCAGCCUGGACGACACAUGUCUGCACCAGCUGGCCCUGCACCCAGCGCCCACCUCACCCAGCCAUACCUUCCACUGUGCCCCAGACUGCGGGCUGGCAGCCCCCUGCGAGAACAGGGCCACUCUCCCCAGCAAGAGGUCCAGCAACUGCCUCACCCUGGACCUGUUCGGAGAGGCCCCACCCCCACAGGAGUUUGUGGUGUAGGCGCCAUUCACCCAGCAGCGCUGUCUGCACCGCCAGGCUCAGCCCCCGCCCACCACACUGCCACGUGGCCCUCGGCCCUUCCUGCCCGCUGGACGCUGCCCACACCUCCGCAGCCAGCACGCUCCACAGGUUCACCUGUAAGAGGUGUGGAGUGGCUCUGACAUCAACCUUGGAGGUGACAAACAGGUCCCGCACCUCAUCCCUGUCCUCGGUGCACCCAGGAGCUCCUUCCAUCGGGGUCUCCAGGUUCAAGGUCUGGCUGUUGAGUGUCCAGAGAGCCAUGGUGUUGGCCCCUGAGGCAGCCUGUCACCCAUCCUAGUCUGGAAGAGAAGGUGAUGCAGCUGGGCCCAGACCCUGGAGAGAGGGCUCUGCAGUUUCCCACACUGCCCGCUCCCCGAGAGACAGCUCCCGAGCCAGAGUUCACGGUGGUCAUCACUGUGCAGGACCCAGGCUCCUCCUAGACCUGAACCCCUCUCUCUAACUCGUGUUCGCCAGCGCUGGGCCUGCCAGACAGAGGCCCUUCUUGAGGUGCAAGCCCAGCUCUGUCACCUGAGAUCCAGCCAGAGACCCUCCUCCACCAUCCGCAGUCAAUGGCUGUGUUUUCCCUUCCCAGUCAGGGCUUCCAAAGACCCCACUGCCCUGGAGCUGAUGCUGACUCUGUUCCCAUCUCAGCCAUGAGGCCUCGGGACCCGCUCUGCUCACCGGUGGCUUCCUUAAGCCAUUGCCCUGGCCGGGGUGGGGCUGGUGCAGCCCAGUUGGUAGAGGGGAGAGGCUUUGGUGACAGAUGGGGAGUGGGGAACUGGCUACGCAUGGCACCUGCUCUGACCCCAGUGAACUCCAGGGGUAAUGCAACCUCGAUACCGUGGGCUCUGGAAGGCCACCAGGGUAGGGUCUCCCCAGGGCUCCUCCCCCUGCAUGAGACUCCUGCACAUGUGCAAACCUGCUGUCCUCUGCAUUCAGAGGAAUGGCCCGUGUAUCCCUGCUAGUCUCAGGCCCAACACAGAGCACUGAGAGGCCACAAUGGUUCAGCCCUGUGUCCUGAACACCACUGCCCCCUUCACUGUCUGUGUGGUGAAGACCACGCCGCACCACCCUCCAGCUCACUGGAGACAAGUGUGAGCUUGAGCCCCAUGGCCUGGUGCAGGGCCGCGUGCAUUGAGGCCGCCUCUUUGACGGGUCCAUCCAGGGGGGCCCUCUCCUUUCUGUGAAAGGGAAUCCUGUGUGUGCCCCAGGCACGUGUAAUAAAGAACCCAAGCGAUG